CUCAGCCGACACAUGAAAAUACACCUGGGAGGUGAGAAGCCGUACAAAUGUGUUGACUGCGAAAAAGAGUUCACUCACCCUGGCUCGUUAAGGACCCAUAUGAUUACUCACAAUGGCAACCCAUCUCUGAAAUGUAACAUCUGUGGCAGACAGUGCGUUCGACAGUCUCACCUGGAAAAUCACAUGCGUAUACAUACAGGGGAACGUCCAUUUACGUGCAACAAUUGUAAUAAAUCUUUCUCACUUCUCAGUAGUUUAAAAACACACAUGACAGUUCACACAGGUUUAAAACUGUUAACAUGUUCACUGUGCUGCAAACAGUUUAAUAGACCUUGCAACCUCGAAGCUCAUAUGAGAAUGCAUUCCGGGGUCAAACCGUACAUUUGUACAGAAUGCGGGAAAAGAUUUCCACAUUUUGGUAGCUUGAAAAUUCACAUGGAGAAGCAU